AUGUCGAACCCCACUGUCAUUCAUACCCCUCUGCCAUACCCCACAUCCAUAUCCCCACUGUCAAUUCCCCCACUGUCAUUCCCCACUGUCAUACCCCCACCGUCAUUCCCCCACUGCCAUACCCGCACAGCCAAACCCCCACCGCCGCCAUACCCCACUGUCAUUCCCCCACAGCCAUACCCCCCUGUCAUUUUCCCCCACAAGACCCCACUGACCCCCCCACAUACCCCACAUCACCGUCAUACCCCCUACUGCCAUACCCCACUGUCAUUUAUACCCCCACUGUCAUACCCCUCUUUUUCAGGUGAAGAAUUAUGUCACCAUAACGGCCGCAUGAUGGACGGUGCGGGUUAUUUUCCAGGC